AUGGAUAUUGAACCCGAGGCAAGUCCGGUUAGCGCUCAUGCUAGUGUAGUCAUGAAUGAUCUCAAGCUAGAAGACUUGACAAAGGUUGAGGACAACGAGAAGCGUCGAAUUCGCCGCAAAAGCUCAAAAAAGGUUACGUACGUGGAGGAGGACGACAUGUCAGAGGUCGAAGAAGCUAUUAUCGCCGACAGAAAGAAGCGUGCACAACAACUUGACUACCAGCUUCGAACUGAUGUGGGUUAUCCACAACUGGACCAGAUUGUUGGACGACGAAUAAAUGAAUCUUCUGGACUCGUAGAGUAUUUAUGCAAAUUUCUUGGUCGCUCGUACUUGCAUCUGUACUGGCUAACAUUUGAUGAAGUGGAGCUUUUUAUACCAGAAGGGUACCAGAAAUCUCAUCGCGUGCAAGUCUACGAUCGUAAGCUGAGGCGAGAAGGAUACCAGGCAAUGGAUGAGGUUGAUGACCUUGAGGCAAAUAAACUGACGGUGGAGAAAAUUCUGAAUCACAAGGUGGAUCCAGCCGAUCAUUUAGACGAACAGAUUGAGAAGAGACGCCAUCAAUUACCUUACGUGCCUAGGUUUCCGCGUAUGACCAACUAUUUCUUCGUGAAUAAUGCCGACAUCAUACCGGAGCGUAUGUUGGGAAUUGUAACGAAAUUGACGAAAGAAGUUGGAGGCGACAUCUUCCAGCACCCGGUCGAUGUUGAGGAGGUACCUGACUACCUUAACAUUAUCAUGAAUCCGAUGGAUCUUGGAACAAUCUCCAUGCGAAUUGGUCGGGAAAGCUACUACGUUGGACCAUCGGCUGUCUCUCUGUUUGCUUCAGAUGUGCGGUUAGUUUUUCAGAACUGCAAAGCUUAUAAUGCAGAGGGAUCCGACAUUUGGCGCGUUGCAGACCAGCUUCUACGCACUUUUGAAAAAUGGUUGUAUGACUGGAUACUUUCCCCAUCAGCGUGGCUUCAAUUACCUUCUUCUGGGGAUGCAGAAAAAGAUCAACGUCUUCAGAUUGAAUUUUGUACCGAAGCUAAAUUUUUUUAUGAUGUCUGGGCGCCUUGGCAGAUUGGCUGCUGUGUUUGUAGAAUUAAAGAUCAUGUUGAUCAACUUCUUCUGUGUGACCAAUGCGACGGCGAGGCUCAUAUGCAUUGCGCUACUCCGCAGAUCACGAAAUUACCAGAGGAUGAAUGGUUCUGUGGGUACUGCCGAGCAAGAACAAAAUAUCACGAAAAGGUAAAAGCGGUGAAGCAACCUAGUACGGAUAAAAUGUUUUUAUUGGAGAAAAAAGAAGCUAUCACGAGUGUUGCUACUUCUGUCUUUGACACCACUGCGAUACACGCGGACAAGAAGACAGUCACCUUGAGCGAGCACGUACCUGAUAUUUUAAUGGAGCGAGCUGAUGGUGAAGGUAAAGUAAACAAGAAAACAUCCAAACGAAUCCUUAAGGGUAUAAAUGCUACGAAAAGUUUGGCACCCAUCAGCGUGAAAGAUCGUGCUGCCACAUUUUUUCUUGUUAAGUGGGUCGGUAUGUCAGUUCGAUUUUCAACGUGGGAGCGCCCUGAGGAUAUUGGUGACGAUGAGCAGAUUCAAAGGUACUUUAAAUUCAGUCGUGUGCCAAGCGCUAAGGAGAUUCGUGAGACGACGUGCCAAUUGCCAUGCUGCUUGAAGCGACACCAAUAUGCGCUCGCAACGAGUACAAGUGGAAGUCGAUGUUGUGAAAAGGACUGUUUUUGUACGCUCGGUCAUGGCCAUGAGGGCGUGUGCAGUCGUAGUAGAAAAAUUAUGGGAGGGACUUACGGUAGCAAGACCUAUCAACAACUUCACAUGCAAGAACAAGUCAAGGCACAAUUAUUUGCUUUUCAUUGUCUGCUGAAUAAUCACACGCCCGACAGGGAUGUGCUUAAGCAAUGCGGUAUGUAUACGAGUGCGUUUGUAAUCACAAUGCAGUACUUGGCACCCAGAGCUCUGAAAGAGGAUGACGAUGAAGAUUAUUCCGAUGGAGAUGGGGACUCAUCUGAUGACGAUGCUGACUUUGAUGCAAUGAAUGAUUACCUAAAUCGACCAGCUUUCUAUCCUGGAAUCCUAACUUUGGAGAAUGACGAGGACGGCAGCGAUGGUGAAAGUGGAGGUCACAGAAAACGGCUAGAAGAAGAAGUCGGUGAGGUGCUCAGCUCUAUCGUUGAACAUGUUGCUCUCGGUUACCCUACCGAGCUUGAGAGAAUCAAAGCUGAAUUUGGUUUUAACUCGACGUACCCAGCAACUGCUUUUAAUGAGCUUCCAGCUUUCACAGAAUAUUGCGUUAAUUUAGUUCGAUCACCGUUUGGUUUAGGCAUGCGUCUUGGAAUCAGCAGCAACAACAACGUUUCGGUUCUAGGAUUUCAGAUUCUUGCAAAUGGAAUGGUAGGCCCCGCUCAGGCCUCUGGAGCUAUAUCAGUUGGUGAUGUGCUUGUAGCUGUGAACAAUUCAUCGGUGGCUGGUCGCUCGUUCCAAGAUGUCGUCGGAUUGAUUAGUGCGUCCUCCAGUCAUGUUAUUUUCCAUUUUCAUUCUCCUCGACCAGCAUUUAUGUACCCUCCAUACUGUCAAGCAAAGCAAGUCAUGAAGACCCAACUUGGUAAGAUUCCUGAUGAUGCAGCACCCUACAACUCUAAGUUUACGAAUUACAGUUACAAGAAGUACAAACGAAUGCUCAAGGUGGGUAUCGCUGAUCCUAAUGUGGCAUCAUCAGCUUCAACGCAGACGUUGAUGCAAUAUACGAAUUACAUCGCUCCAAGCGGCCCUAUGCAACAUCUUUACACAGGAGUAGUCGACAACAGUAUCGACCCACAUGAGCACUUUGCUAGCUUUCUUCCAGAGCGAAGUAUUGCAAGAACUAAAAAGUCACGCAAAAAUACUACGGCUGCAAGCGAGCAUGGGGAUACGAAUGAGUUCGUACCAUACGAGCAGUCGCCAACGUACAAGGGUGGACGCACGCUGCGUGCUUAUCAAGUUGAAGGCCUCAAUUGGAUGGUGUCCUGUAUCAAAGCUCAAAGAUCGUGUAUUUUGGCGGAUGAGAUGGGUUUAGGAAAAACGGUUCAAAUAGUCUCACUUAUCGAACAUAUGAAAUCAGAGGAGUUGAUUCGUGGACCGUACUUGAUUGUCGUUCCGCUAUCGACGAUUCAGCAUUGGCGACGUGAAUUUGAGAGCUGGACGGAUCUAAAUGUGUGCGUUUAUCACGAUAUUGGUGACCGUACCACAAAGUUCACGGCUAAAGAUAUGCGCGCAAUCAUUCGAGACCAGGAAUGGUACUACCCGAGUUUGGGCAAUUCCAUUUUUAAGUUUCACAUCCUACUCACCACUUUUGAGACGAUUUUGACCGACUUUGAAGAGUUCGAGCACAUUCACUGGCGCUUAGUCGUAGUUGAUGAAGCGCAUCGAUUGAAAAGUGCCGGAUCACGUGUGCUUAAAAUGAUGCGCGUUUUACACGUCGACCGCAAGGUUUUGCUGACGGGUACACCUUUGCAAAACAAUACACAGGAGUUAUGGGUGCUACUGAAUUACUUGGAGCCAGUAAAGUUUGCCAGCUUGGAGGACUUUAAUCGAGAUUUUGGGAAAUUGUAUUCGCAGGAGCAGGUCGUGCGACUUCAGCAACUGCUGGCACCAUACAUUUUGCGUCGUGUAAAGGAGGACGUUGAAAAAAGUAUUCCUCCGAAAGAGGAAACAAUUAUUUCCGUAGAGCUAACGACGCUACAGAAACAGUACUACCGAGCGAUAUACGACAAGAAUAAGAGCUUUUUGUACCGCGGCACAAAGAACGGGUUGCCGACGCUGAAUAAUAUCCAACUGCAAUUGCGAAAAUGCUGCAAUCAUCCAUUCUUGAUCAAGGGUGUCGAGGAGCGAGAGCUUGGCGAGCUUGGCAGGAAUCCUUCACCAUCACAAGUGAUGGAGAAAACAAUUGAGUGCUCUGGCAAAAUGAUGCUCGUGUCCAAACUGAUUCCAAAACUCAAACGGGACGGACACAAAAUUUUGAUCUUUAGUCAAUUUUUGAAGCAGCUUGACCUACUUGAGCGGUAUUGCGAUGCAAACUCAUUUAUUUACGAGCGUUUGGACGGCUCUUCAGGUGGAAGUGUGCGCCAAAGCGCCAUUGAUCGAUUUUCGAGGCCUCACUCGAAGUCUUUUAUUUUUUUGUUGAGUACGAAAGCUGGUGGUGUGGGUAUCAAUCUAAUUGCAGCUGAUACAGUCAUCAUUUUUGACAGCGACUGGAAUCCGAUGAACGAUUUGCAAGCUCAAUCACGUUGCCACCGAAUUGGUCAAAAGAAGAGUGUCCAAGUCUAUCGUCUGGUUACCCACAACACGUACGAAAGCGAAAUGUUCGACCGUGCUUCACGAAAACUCGGUCUUGAGCAUGCAGUGUUAGGUACGGCGUCAUUUAAUGAAAACUCUCAGAUUACAAAGCCAUCGGCAGAGCAGCUUGUCGAAUUGCUGAAGCGCGGAGCGUAUGCGUUACGAGAAGACGACGACACGGCUUCAAGGGAAUUUGCUGAGCGCGACAUUGAGACUAUCUUGAAGGAAAAUGCUCGUGUUAUGGUUGUAGGCGGUGCGUCGAACUCCAACAAAGGCGCAGACGACAAAACGGUUUCGCAGAAAAAGUCUCCAUUUAAGUCCUCAAAAAGAAAAUCACUCGGUGGUAUGGCAGUAGAUCGCUCGUCCUUCGUAGCGGAUGGCGCGACUGGGGAAUUGUCUGUGGAUGAUCCAAACUUUUGGGAAAAGGUUCUUCCAGGCGCUGUUUCCGUUGAAAUGCUGAGUCUGAAACUCGAAGAUGGGAGCGCCGUUAAUUCUCGCCAAUCAAAAAUCAAAUUUAUCAGCAAUUUAGACAUUGCUUUAACGAGCUUGGUCACUGAAAUGAGUUCAGGCAUUAAUGCAGACGAAAGUCGCGUCGGAAGUAGAGACAUUCAGCAUGAAUACGAUAUUGCUAUCCAGGUACUAAAUACCGUGAGCUCAAAGUAUCGCGGUGAAUUCUCCAAUGACCAAAUUGAUCUCGUGAAAGGAUAUUUGACAAAAUUGGAAAGAUCACGCGUGCGAAGCUGUCGAUUGGCUCCAUCUCGACCGAACUUGUUCCAGGAUGAGGAGUUUGGUACACCAAGGAAAAAACGUAGGAGAAGAAUUCUUACAGCUGAAAGCAGUGAAGAUGAACCGUAUGGUGAUGCCCCUUUAAAGAAAAGAAGAACUAAACGACGUGGUCGUCCGCCAAAACAUCUGCGAAAUGAAGAACCAGCUCCACCCAUUCCACUGAUCCAAGGCGGCAUUUUAAAUGAAAGCGACGAUUUGUGCACUCUUUGUGGUGACGGAGGAUUGAUACUGCUAUGUGAUGGCCCAUGUCAUCGCUCCUUUCAUCUUGAGUGUGUGGGUAUGAAAGACGAGCCGAACGACGAACAAUGGCUGUGUCCAGAUUGCUCUGAGGGUCGUCACAUGUGCUUGAUUUGCAAACAGGUCGGUGAAAUGGGGGUGGAGUUUGGUGUCACACAAUGCUCGGUGGCAAAGUGUGGUCGUUUUUACCAUAAAGGCUGCCUAGCAGAGAACCCAUGGGUAGAGUGGGUUGGCAAGAAACGAUUUCGUUGCCCGAGUCACUACUGCCAUGCCUGUUCAAAACCCACUAAUUUGCGAGCAAAAGCUAAGAACAAAGCGACAAGUAAUAAUAAGGGUGGCGUUGUAAGCUGUAUUCACUGCUCCCAAUCCUUCCAUCCCGAGUGCAUUCCAUCGGUGGACAAAUUUAUACGUCUGUCAAGGAAUCUUUUGCUUUGCGCCAAUCAUCUGGACGGAAAAAAAUCACUUGCUCCAGUAGUGAGGAAAAGUAAAUCUCAACGCGCAGGUGCAGCGCUUGUCACGGGAGAAGCUCAGCAGCGACUAGAAGUUCCAAAAAUUAUCCCUUUCGAUGACGGCAACGUGGAGCAACCAGAAAAAAGGAGCAGCAAGAGGAAGCGCACAUCACAAGCAAAAAGUUUCAGCUUGUUUGUGUCGAAAAAGAGCAACACUACGAGUUCAGCAGUAAAAGUGAAGGUCUGCGCACUCUGCCACUGUGAAAGUGUGAUGGAACGAGGUGAUAGUGUUCACGAUCUGGCAUCUGCACCCAAUGUAAAAAAAGUAGCAGACUCUACCAAAGCAAAUAUGGCUGUGGUGGGGCCGUUUAUUGAGGCCCCUGUUCGCUUAAAAUAUUCGGACAGACCUAAUGAAUUGGUGUAUGUUCACUUGAAUUGCGCUGUACACUCACCCGAAGUGUAUGUAAAGGCCGACGGUCUGAUUAUGAACUUGCCGAAAGCUGUAAAGCGAGGAAGGCAGCUUAAGUGUACCAGUUGUCAUCAAUUCGGUGCCACAGUUGGCUGCAUUGUAACCAAGUGUCGGCGCAACUAUCACCUGCGUUGCGCCUUGGAAAGUGGUGGUAAAAUCGACAGCUCUACAUACGCAUUAAAAUGCAAGCCACAUGCUACUGCGCACCAGGAACCUACUCGAGUGUGCGUGUGCAAUUCUAAUGAGGACGAUUCAAAGCUUACAAUGAGGUGCUCUUCCUGUUCCGCAAAGUAUCAUCCCAAGUGUGUCAACAUGUCGGAGCGUCAAGCGUCUCGCAUAGCAAAAACGUGGGUCUGCAGCAUGUGCGAUGGAUCUGCUGCUGCAAAACCAGCUACUUCAAUACAUAUGGUCACCAAAUCAGCAGUGAAGAAACAAUUGCCGAAGAGCAAGCUAAAGAUUGAAGACGGAGCGGCACUUCAAAGGAGCAAUCCAAGUACUGAAAGUGCCGCAACCGCGACAUCGAAGCGCAAGAAGCCGAAGCGAAAUCGCUUGAGCAUGCCACGGAACAAAUCAUGUCUUAAGUCAACCGGGGCAGGCCAUGGUAUUUCGCCGCAUAUGGACGCUAACUGGGACAGCGGCGAGUAG